CAGGGGAAACGUCAUUGACCGGACCUAUUCCAAAGUAGCACCAAUGGCGAGUUUUUGAAAACAUGAUUAUCUGGGAAACGUGAAAACAGAAGUGUACAAAAACUUGUUCGGCCGAACAUGUCAGUUUCCUCGAGUCGUCGAGUACAAGAAAAUUUAGCCUUGGGCCAUAAUCUGAUUGAGCAGGCGACUUUCAGCUUCAGCAUUUGCAGCACAGGAAGAGGAGCAUGACCGAUCGGGAGCUGCUGUUUAUAGAUAUUGAAUCCAACAGUUUGUCUACAGCUGAAGGCCGAGCUGAGAAGCCCCUCUGGAAUCGCAGCGACAACAAAUUUAAAUUCAAUUUUUUCCCAAACGACUGUCCAGCACUUCAGGGGGAAACAUCUGGACUAGACAAAACUGAGCUAAUAACAAGUCAGAUAUCAUUUACCAAACAAGGUUCUGGUUUUGCCUUCAACUUCCAGAUCCCUUCUGUAACCCCUGUAGAAGACAUGGAGACAACAGAAACACUAGAUUCCUCUUCUUUAAGCAGCCAACAGUGUGUCAAGGAAAAUUUUAACUCUAUCCCUGAAAUGUCUAAAGCAAAGAAGAAAAAAAAGAAAUCUGGAAAAAAGAAGGACUCUGACAAUGCAGAACCCAAACAGAAUCCAGCUGAGGAAAGCAAUGGAAGUGGCAACACAGAGUUGAGUGCGGAAGAGCAGCUGAACAGAGAGCUAGACUGGUGCAUUGAGCAGCUGGAGAUGGGAAUGAGGUCCCAGAAGGCUACGCCAAAACAGAAGGAGGAUGCUUCCCGUGCCCUUAGGACUCUACGUAGCUCCAAAGCUCCUCUGCCCAAAAAGAGGCAAGUGAUGAGAGCCAUGGCCGGAGACUAUAGGAAAAAAAUGGAAGAAGAGAAGAGCAAGCAAUUCAAACUCAUUCAAAGUGAAAUGGCAUCAGCUUUGGUAAAGGAUGCCUCAGAUUCUCCAAAGAAGUCUGUUUUCCAUCGGAAAGCUGAAGUCCAAACCCAGACCACAGCCAGAAAUGUGAACCAGCAGCAGAGAGAAGCCGAGGUCACAGACCAGACUCAGCGUACUCAGGAGGAGACGUCAACUUUUGUCUUUACUCCAUCGAAGGAGGUGUUUCACUUUAACUUUUUCUGAAUUUUAUGUGUGUGAGAUAUGUGCCUAACAUUUUGUGUGAAUAGAAACAAUAAAGGUCAUGGAGAUGAACCAUGUAAGGCUCGACUGCUUUCCCAGUGUUUCAAAAUAAAUCUUUUUUAUAUA